AUGGACCGAACUCAGCUGAACAAAAAGCGCAAGAUUCUGCGGAACCAGGUGACGACGAUCCAGAACGAUCUUGACCGACGAACGGCGGGUGAAGAACCUCAGGACAUUACCGAAUUGGCAGCACGCAUCGACAGGCUACAAAGCCUCAACGCCUCUCUCAAAGAAGUCGAUAGUCAGAUCGAACCUCUUCUUACUGAAGAUGAGUUUGACCAGGAGUUCACGAAGCAGCUGGAUUAUCAAAACAGAUUGGAAAUGACCCUCUUCAUGGCAAAGGCACACGUCGACGCCCGUAGACGUGCUGUGACCACCUCUGAUAUCCCUGCCAUCGCACAUCCACAGGGAGAUGCCUCCCCUGCGCGGGUACACACCGUUCAAGCACCACAAACGCAAGCCGCUGUUCGCCUUCCCAAACUAGAAAUGCUGAAGUUCGACGGCAAACGAUGUCACUGGCAGCAAUUUUGGAGUCAAUUCAAUGUGACUAUCCACACCAAUGCCUCACUCCCUGAGAGUAGCAAGAUGCAGUACCUAAUGGCUGCACUACAAGGGGAAGCUGCGAACGCCGUGGAAGGUCUACAGUUGACUCCUGGCACUUACGAAUCUGCCGUCGAGAUUCUCCGCAAUCGUUUCGGCAACGAUAAUCUACUAAUUCAAGAACACCUCAAAAGCCUGGCGGAUAUCGAACCCGUACGUUCGAGCCGACAUCUCUACGACUUGCGGAGGCUAUAUGACACAGUCCAGGCUCACAUUCGAGGACUGAACUGCCUUGGCACUACUACAGAGUCUUACUGCUCUAUGCUGUACCCGAUCUUGCUGAGAUCUCUUCCGAUGGAUAUGGCAUUGCAAUUUAACCGUGUACUUACCGAGAAAACGGUAUCAACCGCUUCGACAUCAACCGCUUUGACAUCAGCCUCUACAGGCACAUCGUUUCACAACAACGCGUUGAAGUCAUUACUGACCUUCCUAGGAAACGAAGUAAGGCACCGCGAAGAAAUCACCCAGCGUACCUUUCAAUCUCCUCCCGAACAUGACCCCACAAAGACGCCGCACUUUCGCAAAUUUAAACCGGCGAAUGGUCGUCCAGUGGUCACAUUGCAAAACAUGGUCAAGGCAGGCAAGGGAAAUGAACGCUGCCUCUUUUGCAACAUGACAAGCCAUGCGAUAGCAGAUUGUACAAGCACAAAGUCUCUUGCCGAAAAGAAACACGUAUUAGCAGAGCAACGCCGAUGCUUCAGAUGUUGCAAGCCGAAUCACGCUGCAAGACAUUGUAGAACCCGCCCAAAAUGCCACAAAUGUGCCGGUCACCACGCAACGACGAUGUGCGACCCAGAAUAUAAGCCUCGGCCAUCUGCCCCUGCUCCCGGAACGUCCGCGGCAGUCACUCUGAAGACCACAGUCAAUCGCUCCCCCCAACGCAUUCUACUUCAGACCGCCACAGCCUGGGCACACGCAACUAAGGAGGAAGUCUUCACGCGCCUAAUCUUCGACGGCGGCAGUCAACGCACGUUCAUCACUCGUCACUUGUCGAAAGCACUCGGAUGUCAGAUCGUUCGCACAGAGCACAUCUCCAUUGGGGCAUUCGGAGUUCAACACAAUCGUCCAGAAGUACUGGAAGCCGUUGAGCUCAGUUUAAGGACUAUGCAUGGAAGAGGUGAACAUCAAAAGAUAACAGCCCUGGUGGUGGAACAGAUAUGCUCUCAAGUCUUGGACGUUCCACCUGAUGUCAUCAAAGAGCACAUGCAGCAGUACAAGCUGGCAAUAGCCGACUGUCGCGACGGUGCCCUACGUCAACAAAUAGAGAUUCUGAUUGGUGCGGACCACUACUGGGAAUUUGUUACCGGGCGCACUCUUCCGGUGUAUCAAGGUGUACAAGCCGUCGAAACGACACUUGGCUGGACGCUGCAAGGACCAUGCUCUCUACCAAACGUGGUGCGCACAGCAAGCUGUCACACGGUGACUGUGUUGCACGCAAGCCAACAUCGCGAAGCGGUGAACGACAUGAUGGAGCGAAUUUGGAACUUGGACAGCAUCGGCAUACGUUGCGAUGAGACAGACGCAGCACAGCAUCACUUUGUCCUCGAUAACUUCAAGACGUCCAUUCAGUUGAAGAACGACAGGUAUUCAGUUGCCUUGCCGUGGAAACCAGUUGUGUCAAUGCUAGACAACAAGCACAUUGCGGAGAAACGUCUUUCACAAGUCACGAGGCGUCUAACCAAGUCACAAGGGUUAAUGGCGAGAUACGACGCAGCCAUACGUGAAUAUCUUGUCUCUGGAGUAGCAGAAAAGGUUACCCAGGAAAUGGAUCAGGCCCAAAAUGCAGCACACAUAUACUACAUGCCGCAUCACGCAGUCAUCAGGGAGGAUCGAAUAACUACAAAGAUGAGGAUCGUCUUCGACGCAUCCUCUCAUGAAGCUGGCACCAGCUCGCUCAAUGAUAAUCUGAACGCGGGCCCCAACCUAAAUCCGGAUAUCAUGCCACUACUUAUGAACUUCCGCCUUUAUCCAGUAGCCUUGGUAUCGGAUGUACAGAAGGCAUUCCUACAGAUCGCCAUACACGAGGAUGACAGAGACGCGCUUAGGUUGCUGUGGUACAGCACCACGCCGGUAGACGGCCAGCUACUGCCUAACGUUGAAACGUGGCGCAUGACUAGGGUGACUUUCGGCACGGCCCCUAGCACGUUCCUCCUGGCAGCCACGUUACAGCACCAUAUCCAGCGGCACGCCAGUGAGCAUCCGAGACUAGCAAGGAUACUUGAAAAUUCCAUUUACGUGGACGACGUCAUUUUUGGUGCGGCGAACGAGGAGGAGGCAGAGGAGAUGUACACCGAAACCUUACAGCUGUUUGGAAAGGCUUCCAUGAAGCUCCAAAAAUGGGGUUCGAACAGUUAUGCGAUGCGCGAGAAGUUUAAGUCAGAACCGGAUGCUGUUUUGAUUGGAAACACAACGAAAGUACUUGGCAUUCCUUGGAACCAGGAGCAGGAUACGCUGUCUCUCCCACUUGACUUCCACCGCACAUCAGGAGAGUACAACGGCAUGACCACGAAACGACAGGUGCUGCGCUCUGUGGCACAAAUAUAUGACCCAUUGGGCUUCAUCCUUCCGUACACCGUCACCGGAAAGAUGCUCCUACAGGAAAUCUGGAAGCACGGGUUGGAGUGGGAUGCUCCGCUACCAGAUGAUAUCGCUCGUAAAUGGGGCGCUUGGCACAACGAGCUCCAGGAUCUCAAAGACAUUGAAAUACCACGUUGUUACUUACCGGACAUGAGCACUGAGAUCCAGCCACAGCUACACUUUUUCUCUGAUGCUAGCCCCGGCGCGUACGGUACCGUUGUUUAUCUACGUCUCGGCGGCUGCGCGGACGGAUACAAAACACAACUGAUCGCAGCAAGAUCAAGAAUAGCACCAGUGAAGGAGGUUACUCUAGCUCGUAUGGAACUACUUGGUGCGCUGAUGUCAGCUCGUCUCGCCAGCUACUUGCGGGACAAUUUCAAGCUCACCACCUCAGAUUUCUUUUGGACAGAUUCAAUGAUUGCUUUGCAAUGGAUACGAGGGGACGCAAACCGCUGGCCGCAGUUUGUGCGCAACAGGGUCACAGAAAUUCAACAGAAGGUAGAGAAAGAUCGAUGGAGAUACGUGGGAACAGAAGCAAAUCCAGCCGACUUGUUGACGCGAGGAACAAGUCCCAAGAAAUUGCUUCAGUCCAAGCUGUGGUGGAAAGGACCAUCAUGGCUGGCGCAAUCUGAUGACAAAUGGCCAUCUCCUGAAGUCAAUGAGAUGACACGCACUCACGUUCAUAAAGAGCAGGUUGUGCUCCAAACCAUCGCACCAUCGUGCUCGGAUCCAGUGAUGGAUCUGGGACGAUUCAGCAAUGUCAAUAACCUCCAUCGUGUAACAGCGUGGAUAAUUCGAUUCACCAAGAACUCCAGAGGAAUAGGUCGGAUCAACGGUCCCUUAAGCGCUAGUGAGAUUCAACAGGCCGAACGCUACUGGGUAAGGCAAGAACAAGAAUCUGCAUUCGCGGACGAAAUCAGCGCACUCGGAAGCAACAAUGCACUUAAGCGAACAUCGAAGUUGAAAGAUCUAAGGCCAUUUAUUGACGACGACGGCAUCCUCAGGCUUGGAGGACGAAUGGGUGGUAGUCGUCAAACAUUUUCGGAAUGUCAUCCAAUCAUACUGCCAACUCACUCGCAUUAUGCUCGCCUUUUAAUUUUACAGUCCCAUCGACAAGUUUUCCACUGCGGAGUGCGUGACACUUUAGUGCAGCUACGCGAAAGGUUCUGGAUACUCCGAGCACGCCAACAAGUCAAGCGAAUACUACGAGGUUGCGUGACAUGCAGAAGAAACGACGCAAGGCAUCUGACACAACCUGAUGGCCAACUUCCACCUGACAGAGUGACGAUGAGUCAUCCCUUCGAGGUCACAGGCAUCGAUUUUGCGGGACCAGUAAUGUUGAAGCGAAGGAGGAACUACCACAAGGGCUACAUUGUCCUCUUCACUUGUGCCGUCACAAGGGCUGUGCACCUAGAGCUGUGCGAGGACAUGUCGGCGAUCAAGUUCUUGCAAGCCUUCCGAAGAUUUACAGCUCGUAGGGGAAUCUGCCAAACCAUCUACUCGGACAAUGCCUUGACGUUCAAAAAGGUCGCAAGAGAAAUUCGGGACAUACAGAGGAUCUUAACGGACCCACUGGUGCAGGACUAUUCUUCACGUAACGGAAUCCGCUGGAAAUUCAUACCGGAGCGCGCACCAUGGUGGGGUGGCUUUUAUGAAAGACUGAUAAGAUCCGUAAAAUCAGCAUUGAGGAAAACCCUGUCCAGGAACGUCGUAGACUUCACCGAAAUGCAAACUCUGCUGGCUGAGGUGGAGGCGAUGAUGAACUCAAGACCUAUAACCUUUGUUUACAACGAAAACUCCGAGCCGACACCACUCACUCCAGCAACCAUGAUAAUGGGAAGACGUCUACUCGCACCACCAUCGACGGAAUCCACCACAUCGCGGAACACAAUCCAUGACUCAUCGUCCACGAAGAUAAGGGAGACAUGGAAAAGACAGCUGCACUACCUCAAUGCAGUAUGGAAUAGGUGGCAGCAAGAAUACCUCUCGGAACUACGUUCUGCAUACCACUCCAAAGGGACAAACGACUGCGACGUUCGAACCGGAGAUUUAGUUCUCGUCAAAGAGCCCAACUGUCCCAGGCUUCAAUGGAAAAUGGCCCUCGUUGAUAAAGUUUUCACAGGUAGCGCUUCCCGUCCAGAUGUGCAAAAUCAGCAUGCAGACGUGCCCAAGGCUUUUCGGCAGGUUCCCAUUGAUGAAGCGGAACCGGGACUUCCUGUGCUGCAACAGCAGCACAUGGUCCACAGGACUUCACUUGCUCUUCAAUGUCCCGAUCUAGGCCGGGCCACCAUAGAUAAGACCUGGCUAGCAUUUUCAUUUUCGUCUGACCUACGUGCCCCUCAUGCAGGAUGCUCAAAAGAGAAUUCCGGAACUUUGGCGGAAUCACUGUUCGGAUCGGAGACCCCAAAGCAGACACCCUUUGUGCAAUGUCAACUCCGUGCGGCGCACAUGGUAUGGCUUGACGUCUGCAUCGACGUUUGUUGGCCAGCCCUCGCUAACGGCUUCAGCCACCCUUGCCAGCAAGGUGUUUCGACGUGUAGCCUCCGCAAUAUAUUCUACCGCGAUGGGCAAGAUGGAAACAGUAUGAUGCAGGACAGCGUUCACUUCUGUGAGAAAGACGUCAAACACACCCUUCUCCAUAUCCAGGUCACCGGAGCUCAUCCAAAACUGCCGUCAAACUAA